AGAGAGGGAGAGAGAGAGUCCUGCGGAGAAAUUCGCCGCUGCUGCCAAUGCUGGAGGGCCGGAGCAAGCACGCGUGCUGCUUCGCCGUCGAGGUGUUCGACGAUGCACAGUUCGAUCCGUCGGCGUUCGUGGCGAGCACUCGUUCCUUGGUGCCCCUGGAGAGGCUGAGGGAUGACCUUCAGGAGCACUUGGCGGACCGCAAGCAGGAGUUGUAUGACCUCAUCAACCGGGACUACGCCGACUUCAUCCUUGUGUCGACCAAGCUCAGCGGCGUCGGGAGCAAGGUUUCACACCUCAGAGAGCCCAUGGCCAGGCUAUUGGCGCGAGCAUCCGGGUUGCGGGUGUCGGCGGAGGAAGCGGCGUCCAGGCUGGAGGCCAAGCUAGAGGAGCGCAGAAUAGUGCGAGAGAGGAAGAACUCGGUUCGGCGGUUUCUGAGAUUUAUGUCGACGUUGGACACAGCCGAAGGCGUCCUCGGAAUAGGGGAUAUGGGUGCUGACCGCCUGGACGAUGACCUGGAUGCCGCAGGCGGCGGCGGCGGCGAGGGGGGCACCGGCGGAGGUCCUGGUGGGGUUGGGGGGGGGUCGAGAGGGCGUUCGUGUUGGGAUGUGGAUGAAGACGAUGAGGGCUUUGACGAUCCCGACCUGCUGGCCGCUUUUUCGGGAGGACUCGCUCUCACCACUUCCGACAAGGACGUCCUUUCUGCCCCAAGCGUGCCGGGGGCGGCUUCCGGUGGUGUCGAGGGCGAUAAGACUAGAGAGGAGGAGGAAGAGUUGAGGGCGGCGGCCUCUCGCGCCCAGGAGGAGUGCGCUCUGCUCGAGCGCGCGGCGCAUUACGCCCUGAUGAUGAACGCAGACUUGCAGGUGGGGUCGUUGCUGGUUUUGGUCGCUGCCGCCGAGGACGAAGCGAACGGUGCGGGCGACGCCGACGCCACUUCGCUAUUGCGAGGCAUGUCCUCCAGGGCGUCUCGCGUGGAAGCCGAGAUCACCCGCCGCCUGCGGUCCGAGUUCGCCUCCCUGCUCAAGCCUCGGCACCCCUGGCCGUCCACUCCGGCUGCGGGCGACGGGGCUUCCGCGGGGAACGGAGCCGGAGGUGGUCCGACUAGGGGAGGGCCGGGGAGCGGUGGCGGCGGCGGCGCGAGAGAGAGCAGGAGGCAGGCACUGCUGAGCUGCCUGAGGCCGUUCUCUGCUCUCGGCAGCGGCAUCGAGGCCGAGAAGCAGUUUGCGAGGGCCGUAAUGCAGCCGUUUCUCGAGGCGAGGUUUACCCCGGGCAUUGUGGACGGGAGUGAGAGGGGGUCGAGCAAGGGGCUAGGGCCCCUGCUGAACGAGCUUCUGGCAUACGUGAAAGAGGUGGCCGGAGAUGCGGUGGAGGCUGCGGAAGACAUGUUCGCCUCUCCCGCCGGUCUCGACCUCGAAGGAUCUCUCCUUGGGGAGAAGAAGGAGAAUGAGGAUGACGGGGCAAAGACGUGGACCUUGAAGGAGGUGGAUGCCAUGGCUCCGCUCCCCGUCGACUUGGUGUGCAACGGGGUCUGGCGACCGGUCCAACAGGAGGUCCUCAUGACGCGGCUGUCCUCCAUCUUCGCCACCGGCAUGGUGACGGCCCAGCACUCGAACUUCAUGCUGUGCAUGGAGUUCCUGGAGGGGCUGGCCGCCAUUGCGGGGAGCGAGAAGCGUCUCCGCAUCCGGCACAGGCUUCUAGGACAGCCAUCGGUGGCGGAGUUCAAGGCACGCUGGAACCUCCCCAUCUACUUCCAACUCAGGCAAGGCUUGUUCACGUUACAUGUUUUGACCCCCACCACUCCCCCUCUCGGUGAUUGCCAUCGGGGUUGGGUUUUCGUCGCUUGGCAACGACGUUGUAAAACAAGCCA